AUGAAUGAAGAAAAUAUUGGCCUUUAUAUACACACAGAAAGUAACCUAGAAAAACAUUGCGAGGCUAAUGAAGUGGUUAAUUCUUGCCUUCGACGGUUGAGAAAAGCCGAAGGAGGAGGCAGCGUGGGGUUAAUAAUCAAACUUAUAAGAACUGCUGGCGACAAUUUGGGAAAAUUUCUUCUUGGUGAUAAAAAAUAUACUGGUCGUCGAUAUGGAGGAGGAGCAAUAACAUAUUCGACUAUUAUCUUUCUUGCCUUUAUGUUUUAUUGGUUAUUUUAUCCCUCUAUUGCGAAAGAAGAAAAAGAAGAGGAAGGAGAAAUUUGGCAAGAAAUUAUUGAACAAGGAAAUUCCCUGAGUAAUCAAAAACGUAUAUCUGCCUUCUUGACAGCUUUCGCUAGUUUGAACGAGGAAAUAAUAAAACCUAACUUACAACAAAACAAGAUAAUUAUUAUUGACCGUUAUCUUGAUAGCACUCUGGUUUACCAGGGGGCCGCUAACGCGGCUGAUUUUAACGAGACCUUGACCCCCAAGCAGCCCAAAAAAGGCUCUGAAAAAGAAAAAUGGAAAAUGAUAUUUCCGGAACGAGCAAUAAGAGUUGUUAAUGCUGCCCAAGAAGAAGAAACCUUGGCAGAAGAAACGGAAGCUUUAAAAGAAGGCUAUAUAAAUGAUUACAUUUCAGGGUUGAAAAUAAAAGCUACACCGGAAGAAAUUGAAGCAGUUCAAGUAUUUUCUAAACAGUUGGUUGAAGAUUAUAACUAUCCAAAAGAUCACAUACAAACAAGACCACAAUUUAGAGUAAAAAGAAUUCCUUCCGAUACAAGAAAAGAAUAUCCUAUUGACAUCGCAGUGUUUUCUAACAACAAGAAGCAAGAAAGCGACAUUUACAUUAUAGUUGAAUGCAAAAAUAAAAAAGAAAGAAUGGUUUUAAGGAAAGUUGGAAAUGAAUUUGAAGAAAUUCCAGAUAUUCCACGAUUUAAGCAAAGAAUUGAAGAUAUUGGGAAAUUUAGAAGAAAAGACCUUGAACCUACCCAUAAUCUGAAAACAAUUUUUAAGUCAAUUAGAAACUAUUUAGCCGGUAACAAUGUAGGAGCAACAAGAGACGAAGUUUUAGCACAACAAUUAAUAAAUUUAAUCUUUUGUAAACUUUAUGAUGAAAAAUUUACUGAAUCAGAGAAUAUUGUUACUUUUAGAGCUGGUUUUGGUGAGAGUCCAAAAGAUGUUAAAAACCGAAUUUUAGGACUUUUUGAAAAAGUUAAAAGGGAAUAUAAAAAAGAUGUUUUUACUAAGAAUGAUGUUAUUACUUUGGAUGCAAAUUCUAUAUUUCAUGUGGUAGGUGAAUUACAAAAAUAUUGUUUAAUGAAAACAGAGAGAGAUGUUGUUGCCGAUGCUUUUGAAAUUUUUAUUGGACACACUUUAAAGGGAGAACAAGGACAAUUUUUUACUCCUAGAAACGUGGUGAAAAUGAUGCUUGAUUGGGGUAAUCCUUUGAUAGAAAGUGAGAAAAAUAAAGUUGCCUCAGAGAAAAUAGUGGGAAUAGAUAAAGACUAUUUUCUUUCCAAGAAGACUAAACAAAAGGUUAGCCUAGGCAAAUUUAAUGUUCUUUUAACCAAUCCUCCUUUUGGGUCAAAAAUUCCGGUUCGGGGGGGCUUGAAAGACCAAGAAGCUCCCCAAAUUUUAUUUAUUGAAAGAUGUUUGCAAUUUCUUAAAGGCGGAGGUAGAAUGGCAAUAGUUUUACCGGAUGGAAUUUUAGGGAAUAACCAACUGGGAUAUGUUAGAAAAUUAAUAAUGAAAAAGGCUAGAAUUGUUGCUGUUAUUGACUUACCAAAGGAAACCUUUCAGCCUAAUACAUCAACAAAAACCAGUAUCUUAAUUUUACGAAAAACAAACAAGAUUCCAAAAGAUUAUCCAGUCUUCAUGGGCAUUGCCAAAACUUGUUGGUCAUGA